AUGUUGCAUACAAAUUCAAGCUUGUCCACGAUUUGUCUCAUCCUUCGAAGGUAUGAGGAGUCUAUAUCUCUGCUAGCAGGAUCCCUGUGCUCCCUGGUACAGAACACCAGUAAACUACCGGAUAUAAAUACACCUCCAAGGUUUGGAAGAGCUGAGUUCAAUCUUGCAGUUUAUCCAGUUCUUGCAGCUUUAGCUUCCUAUAACAGAUGGUUGGAUCUUGAUGUACAGAGGAAGCUUAUUAAAAGUUUAGAGUACGGUCUCUUAUCCAGAGAUUGUAAUAAGGUGUGUACAGUGGCUUUGACUGCCUGUAUUCUGGAGAUGUCAAGUAGCAUGAACACUUUUCUACCAGAGGUUUUGCUAAACCUAUCCAAGAUCUCUGCUACAGUGCAUAUUGCUAUACCUGUUCUAGAAUUUCUCUCCACUCUUAUAAGUUUACCAAAGGUGUUUGCCAGUUUUAACAACGAUCAGUACAUGUCUGUUUUCGCCAUCACCCUUCCCUACACCAACCCCUUCAAGUUCAACCACUACACCGUCUCUCUGGCCCAUCACGUGAUUAUCAUGUGGUUCCUCAAAUGCAGACUCUCAAGCAGAAAGGAUUUUGUCAAGUUCAUCGUGAAAGGAUUGGAAGGGAACGUUCUUCAACCCUUCGAGGAGGGUAAUUUUCGUAAAAAUGAAUUGUCAAGCAUGAACCAGGAUUCUAGUUCAAGAACCAGAUCUUCUAGUCUAGUGGAGGAGAGUAAGCCUAUCAGGGCCAGACAUAUGACUGGUGUAACAUCUCGGCCCCAGCUAAAAGUAAAAUCUGGACCUGAUGAAAGACAAGCUCUUCAUACUUUUCAUCAAGAGCUCACAGAAACAUGUCUAGAUAUAAUGUCUCGGUAUUCCUUCGCUAACCCUUCAGUACAACCGGAGAGAUCAUCAAUAGCUCAUUUUCUCAUGGAAUCAGGGAACUCAGCCUCAUGGCUUCUAGGGAACGCUAUAAUGACGAUAUCUGUGAGUGGAUGUGGUUUAAGCAUGAACCGUGGAGGACUAUGUGAUCCCUGUAAGCAGCAUGGUAAACCUGAUGGAGAAGAUGAAGUACAAGUUGCUAAAAAGCGUCAUGUGAGUGAGCAGAGUGUUCGAACAACCUCUGUACCUAAACUGGAGUCAUUGAGCCAGGAUGAUUUGGAACUACGGGAGAAUACUGGAGGUCUCAGGGUAACCCUGGAGAAUCUCACUAAAGAACAAGGACGACUUUGCACUUGUUGGUGUCAGGGUUGGGCCGAAGUACUGGUGCGACGGCCUAGUGGAGAAGUAUCAUGGCUGUGUCGGCUACAGAACGGUCAGCUUACAAGUGGACCUGAAGACGUAGCGCUUGCUGAUAUUACAGCUCUUCUUAUAGCAGAGUCAACAGGGAGACGAACAGCAGAGCACGAAAGGAUGAAAGUGAUACGUUCUAACUCUAACCCUGAGAUAACAGAGAAACUUUCUGAACUUGAUUUAAACCGAAUCCGAAAUGUCCGACAAAGCUGUGAUCCAAUACCAGAGGAGGAGAUGUGCGACAAGAAUAUCCCUGUUAGUCCUCUACCCUACACCAGGAGACCCAGAUCAAACACCAUUGACUCUACCUCACCUGUCAAAUCCCGCCGAUUGGAUUCCAGUUUACCGUUAAUAAAGCAGGAGCGGAAUAAUGUCAUAUCUCCGCAGUUCAUGUUUCUUCAGCUGUAUCAAGCGGCGGGCAUGUCAACUAGUUACACGGAAAAACCUUUAGUAAUCCCUAAAACAAAACAGUUUGAGAACUCUCUUAAAAUUAUGGACAGGAUUCCUUGUCAGGAGACUCAUAAAAUUGGUGUUAUGUACGUGGGUCCCGGUCAGGCAAACAGUGAACGAGAUAUUCUCAGUAAUAGAUACGGUUCAGCUAGAUACGCGGCAUUUCUCAAUGGUUUAGGAACCCUGAUAGAUCUAGCAGAAGUUAAUACCAGCAAAGUUUUUCUUGGUGGACUAAGUUUUAAGGACCAGGAUGGUGAGUUCGCUUAUGUUUGGCAGGAAGAUGCAAUGCAGGUUGUCUACCAUACAGCAACUCUAAUGCCUAAUAGGGAAACGGAUCCUAAAUUCGACAAGAAAAAACGACACAUUGGAAACGAUUUUGUUGCUAUUGUUUACAAUGAAUCCCGGGAACAGUAUAAGAUGGGAACUGUCAAGGGUCAGUUUAUUUAUGCUACUGUGGUUGUUGAACCUCUUGAUUUCGAGUCCAAUAAGAUAUCCGUCCUCGCUAAACCGGAGCUUUCGGAAUACCUUUCUCAUCUUUCUAGUGGCAAGAUUGUCUCUGAUCACAACCUGGCUAUGCUAGUGAGACAAAUUGCUUUACAUUGUAACCUGGCAGCAAAUAUCUACUCAAGAUUGGAAAACAAAUCGGAACCCUACGCCAGCAACUGGUUGGAAAGACUGCGUCACUUGAAGCGUCUGAAGACUAAGUUGUUAAAGGAUAAGGAGGACGAGGAGGAAGGAACACAACAUGAUUUCACGGGAUAUUGUCUUCCAAAGUCAUAAAUAAAAUUGUCCGUGAAUGUUUAAGAUCUGUAAUCAUAGUACAAUGGUUGUCAUGUGUGUAAAUAUAGUUCUUGUAUUCAAUUCCUUA